UCGAUGAGUGGCUGGACUUAUCGUUACACUGGGAAAUACUUUUAUCCCACUGUUGAAGACAUUGGGAAAUUUGUUUCUGUUGUGUUGGAUAUGGGACCAAGUACAUGCGUUGCGAUAAGUGAAUAUGUUGUUGUUAAAAUUGAUGAAGAAUUGAUUUUUGAAAAGAGACAAGCUGUAUAUUGUCAGGAGCGAGCGGAGGGCGGGAAUAUGCGAGUGGUUUCUUACAAUGUUCUUGCUGAUCUAUAUUUAAAUUUAAAAAAAAGGAAGGAUGACGGUUAUUUUCCAUAUUGUCCUACAAAAUAUUUGCAGAUUUUAUAUUAUACUUUUAAUUUUAUAGGUUAUAAAGGAGAUAUAAUAUUUCUUCAAGAGGUGGAUCUGUCGCUGUCUUCAUUCUAUUUACUGAGGGUGAUGGAAGAUCAUGGUUAUGAUGUUUAUUUCAAAAAAAAGGGUCUUAAAGUGAAUGAAGGACUAGUUAUAUGUCAUCGUAAGGAACAGUUUAGGUAUUUUUACAUUGUUCUUUGUUUGGAUAGAGAAUAUUUUUCAAAUCCAGCUUUCUUUCAGUUGUUAGUGCUAGAAUGCAAUGAUCCGUAUCAAAAUCACAUUUUGCUACUUGCAAAUACUCAUUUGUAUUUCAAUCCAAAGUUUACAUUGAUCAAAGUACUACAAUCUUUGUUAUGUGCUCGGUGGAUUGUGCACAUUGCUACAAGCACCAAAGAAUGUAAUCCCGAAUCUCAGUUGCACGUUUUAUUUGCUGGUGACUUCAACAGUACACCGGAAGAACCUGUUUACGAGCUCCUUAGUAAAGGUGAUCCUACUUCUAACAUAAGAUAUGAACGUAAUGAUCUGAGCUUUACCAUCUAUCCACGUUCAGCAUUAUUCGACUUAAAGCUAACAAAUUUGGCGGACGAAACACAAUACACAAAUUAUACCAGUCAUAAAGGUGGUUUUGAUGGCUGCAUAGACUACAUAUGGGGAACUCCCAAUUUAAAAGUUAUCAUACCGAUGCCAUCGGUGGAUGCUGCUAAAAAAUAUGUGGGACUGCCGUCUAAAAUAUGUCCUAGUGACCAUUUACCAGUAGUCUGUGAUAUACAAAUUCAGUAA